CUCCUCCUCGCUACUACCCCUAGCUGGGAUCCACAGCCUCCUCCUCCUCCUCGUGUCGGCCUCGUCCACAUCCACCGUCUCCUCCGAGCGAGGCGGACAGCGACGCGGCCACGGAGCGAGGGAGGGAGAGAGACAAAGCCGGUAAUAAAGGCGGGCGGGCGCGCGCGCGCACAAGCCAAGCAAAGCACAUUAACGACGCCAGCCAGCCCGCGGGGAACCCCAUUAAAGACGCUUCCGGGGGAGCGCCGUGGGCAAGCAAGCACAGGGGCUUAGCUUAGCUUGGCUUGUGCAUCGCGUGUUGUGUGCGCGAGAGGGAGACAGCGGCCGAGAGAGAAAGAUGGCGAUGCCGUAUGCCUCUCUUUCCCCGGCAGGCGACCGCCGCUCCUCCCCGGCCGCCACCGCCACCGCCUCCCUCCUCCCCUUCUGCCGUUCCUCCCCCUUCUCCGCCGGCGGCAAUGGCGGCAUGGGGGAGGAGGCGCGGAUGGACGGGAGGUGGAUGGCGAGGCCGGUGCCCUUCACGGCGGCGCAGUACGAGGAGCUGGAGCACCAGGCGCUCAUAUACAAGUACCUGGUGGCCGGCGUGCCCGUCCCGCCGGAUCUCGUGCUCCCCAUCCGCCGCGGCAUCGAGUCCCUCGCCGCCCGCUUCUACCACAACCCCCUCGCCAUCGGGUACGGAUCGUACCUGGGCAAGAAGGUGGAUCCGGAGCCGGGCCGGUGCCGGCGCACGGACGGCAAGAAGUGGCGGUGCGCCAAGGAGGCCGCCUCCGACUCCAAGUACUGCGAGCGCCACAUGCACCGCGGCCGCAACCGUUCAAGAAAGCCUGUGGAAACGCAGCUCGUGCCCCACUCCCAGCCGCCGGCCGCCUCCGCCGUGCCGCCCCUCGCCACCGGCUUCCACAGCCACUCCCUCUACCCCGCCAUCGGCGGCGGCACCAACGGUGGUGGAGGCGGGGGGAACAACGGCAUGUCCAUGCCCGGCACGUUCUCCUCCGCGCUGGGGCCGCCUCAGCAGCACAUGGGCAACAAUGCCGCCUCUCCCUACGCGGCUCUCGGCGGCGCCGGAACAUGCAAAGAUUUCAGGUAUACCGCAUAUGGAAUAAGAUCUUUGGCAGACGAGCAGAGUCAGCUCAUGACAGAAGCCAUGAACACCUCCGUGGAGAACCCAUGGCGCCUGCCGCCAUCUUCUCAAACGACUACAUUCCCGCUCUCAAGCUACUCUCCUCAGCUUGGAGCAACGAGUGACCUGGGUCAGAACAACAGCAGCAACAACAACAGCGGCGUCAAGGCCGAGCGACAGCAGCAGCAGCAGCCGCUCUCCUUCCCGGGGUGCGGCGACUUCGGCGGCGGCGACUCCGCGAAGCAGGAGAACCAGACGCUGCGGCCGUUCUUCGACGAGUGGCCGAAGACGAGGGACUCGUGGUCGGACCUGACCGACGACAACUCGAACGUCGCCUCCUUCUCGGCCACCCAGCUGUCGAUCUCGAUACCCAUGACGUCCUCCGACUUCUCCGCCGCCAGCUCCCAGUCGCCCAACGGCAUGCUGUUCGCCGGCGAGAUGUACUAGGCCGGCGGCGUCAUUCUCGUCGUCGUCGUCGUCCCGGUUCUCCAUAAGAUGACACUAGCUACCUACACUGGGUGAAAACUAGGCCGCCCCGGUCUCUGCAGGUGACUUGAACCGAGUGAAUGGCGUGCGGAUUCUUCUGGCCCCUCGCGCCCAUCCGCCAUGCAUGCAGUAGCACCAGGAGCACCUCAACCCUAUAUGAUUCUGUAAUUUACUACCAGUAUUUCUCGUGUCGGAUUUGUAUCAACAGCGAGUCGAAAGCUUCAUAAUCGCAUCAUGCGUGUUUGAUUAA